UCGUUUUCAGAGGUUUUUGGGAGAUUUGAAAAAAAGCGUGGCGAUAUUUUCUUCCUUGUCCCCCCUUGAAGACGUACCCGUUUGGACUCUACCACUUUACCGCAAUAAGGUGGGCUUACCCAGAGUUUGAAUUGACUGACGAGACUCAUCCCGAAAGUUAAUUCGUGGGACGUGAAGCCUUUAUAGUCCCAGCUGGAACCACUCUUCUUUUCACUUAAACAUAAAGGAUGUAUGGAAACUUUGGGAGUCAAGGGAGAGGCAACCCGGGGUACACAGGCAGCGUCUCUGGGUCAGACUCUGUAUCCCUGGGAAGCACCAGCACAUCAACUACACAACAGGAGCAGAAGUUCACAGUGGCUGGCAGCAGUCAGUUCGUACCAAGCCUCAAUGCCAUCACAACCAACCAGGACCUCCAAUGGUUGGUCCAGCCCUCCCUCAUGCAUCCACCAGGCCCUUCACGAUCACCAGUCCCUCCUUACCCAACCCUCUCAGGGGCACGGCCGCUGGUUGCGCCACCUUCCCACUCCCAUUUUCUUAGACCAGGGGUCAUAAGAGCGGCUGCUAACACAACAGCUCCGACAAGGCGCAGGAAUGAUGAACAUUUAUCCCAAGAAGAAAUGGAGAGACGUAGAAUAAGAAGGGAGCGGAAUAAACUAGCAGCAGCAAAGUGUCGCAAUCGUCGUAGAGAGCUGACGGACACGCUGCAAAAUGAGACUGACCAGCUGGAGGAUGAAAAGUCCCGUUUACAGAAGGAAAUAGAAGAAUUACAAAGGGAGAAAGACAGGCUUGAGCUGGUCUUGGAGGCACAUCGUCCCAUUUGUAAAAUAGAGGACUCGGAUUCGGAUUCUGACCCAAGCCCAUCAAUUUCCUCUUUGGGAGGCAUCAAAAUGGAGCCUGAACACUCCAGGAGACCAGGUCCCGCAAUCGAACUGCCAGCAAAGAUUGAAAGGCCCAAACCAAAGAUAACUAUCCCCACCAAGUCUGUGACAUCGACUGCCUCUACUGUUGCCACUGAAUCAGAGUCGCUCCACACCCCGAUUCUCACAUCUACUCCCUCUCUCACGGCCUUCACCGCUGGUAUGGUUUUCACCUAUCCCUCUGCCCCGUUGGACACCAGCGCCUCCAUCACGUCCCAUGCUACAUCACAUCAGGGAUACGUCCCACAGUCUCAAGCCCGAGAGGCCUGUGGCAUAGCUCAUCGCCGCAGCAGCAGCAGUGGUGACCAAUCAGAUCAUUCCCUGCACUCCCCAACCAUCAUCACUCUCUGAUUGGUGGCCCUGUCAUUCUGGCUAAACACUAAUGUUCAGUUCAUUUCAAUGCAGUCAUAAUGUGCGUGAUGAAAAGGAUCUCUGGGAAACAUGGCAGAAAUGAAAAUGAUGAGUGUGAUAACCAUUUUUUAAAAUGAGCUCAGUGCAUCUGCUUCAUUUCAUCUAUUUAGAAAGUUGAUCGCAUACUUAGAUGACAUGCAAAUUAGUGGCAUUAUCGGGAUAUGAAUGUUACACUCUGUUAAGUUUUUAUAUAUAUAUAUAAAGUCUUUAUAUUUCUGAUGUUAAAAACUAUCAGGUAGAAUGAUUGCAUAGCAUGCACAAUGUAUUCUUUAAAGAAUUAUACAAACUUUCUAGAAAAAACUGUACCUAAUAAUAUAUUUAUAGUGAUAAUUUAGUAUAAUGUUGCACUUAGUGACUUGUUACAUUAUUACGUCAUGUAAUGUAACACUUUAUAAAUGUCCUCACCAAGGGAAGUAGAGAACUUACAACUAAAUGGUCCUUAUUUUUGUACGGCUCUUUUAAGAAUCCUAAUAUUGUCUAUGCAAAUGAUUGACCACUAAGGCUGGGCCGUAGGAGUUAAUACAGAUUAUAUAACCAUGUAUUUAUUUUUGAGAGUGUAAUAUAUUUUUGGUAAUGUUUUCUCUGAUAAAUGAACUGUUUUGGUGGGCAGUGCCUU